CCCAAGCGGCAGAGUCAGUCUCCGCUUUGUGUCCGAGCUAGACACAUAUGAACAUUGUGUUCGGGUGUGGUACACCCAGUCCGUAUCCAACGUUACAAAAUCCAAAAUUUUCAAAAAUAUAAAGUUUUAAUUUUCGUCUGUUUGCCGCUGAGGAAUAAAAAGGUAAGUAAGAAUACGUACUCUUUACUUAAUUUUGUAGAUUCUAACCUCAAAAUAACGCGUUGUACAUGGUGUAAGCGAAGUAUUGUAGUAGAUCUCAAUCACUUGAACAACACGCAUUAAAAACAUGGCAACGCGUCGAAUCACUCGAAGCGUUGCUGCUUUGGAGGAGUUGUACAAUGAAAACGAGGAGGACAGCGUUACAGAGAACGACACUGACACCGACGACGCCGUAGAUGCGGAAGAGGAAAGUUCCCACGAUUCUGAAACAGACGCCGAAGAAGAGGCAGAAUCUGAAGGAGAGCCACUGUCAGGCGAAGAAAAAGCAGCUGCUCCGAGAGGCGCCCCGCCGCGCAAACGCGGCCGCCCUUCAUACCUGCAUGCUAAGAGCGGGCACAAAUGGAAUCUCUCUGCUCCGGAAUCGAGGGGCCGUCGAUCGCAGUCACAACAAUCUUUCGCGCCAUCAACUAAAGGUAAUGCGACACGUGUUAAAACACCGCUCGAAGCUUGGAGCGUGUUAUUUACCGAUGAAAUUUUAGAUAUCAUCGUCAAACAUACAAACGAGCAAGUUGAAAGGGAAAUAACUGUGAUGAGACAAAAUAACGUUAGAUUAGAUACGUCAGUACAUAAAAUAAUUGAUAAAGUAGAAUUGAAAGCUACGUUUGGUUUAUUGUACUAUGCCGGAGUGCAUAAGUUGAGCAAGUGCAAAACUAUUAAUUGGUGGGGAAUCCAUUCUAUGCCUUUAUUCAAAGCGACAAUGUCUAGAAAUCGAUUUACAUUUAUUCUUCAAAGUUUGCGAUUCGAUGAUAAAGAUACUCGAGCCGAAAGGAAAGCAACAGAUCGAUUCACACACAUACGAGAGAUCUGGGAAAUAUUUAUUAAAAAUUGCAUGGACAACUACGAGCCCGGCACAAAUACCACUAUUGACGAGCAGUUGCUUUCUUUUCGAGGUCGAUGCUCUUUUAAAAUGUACAUCCCCUCUAAACCAGACAAGUAUGGUUUAAAAAUCAUUUCUUUGAAUGAUGCAAGCACUCACUAUAUGAUCAAUGCGAUCCCUUACUGCGGAACUGUUACUGAUAGAUUAGAAGGCGAACCGAUUCCUACGUAUUACGUGCGCAAAUUGAGCGAGCCAUUGUACAACACCGAACGUAAUAUAACUUGCGAUAAUUGGUUUACCUCUUUGUCCCUUGUAGAAAUGAUGAAAAAAGAGCACAAUUUAUCUUUGAUAGGUACAAUAAAAAAAAAUAAACGAGAGAUUCCUGCUCAAUUCAAAAGUUUAUCCAAAGAUACUCCGAAUAUUAGAUUCUGUUACUUAGAAAAAAAAACCUUACUGUCAUACAAUCCUAAGAAAAAAAAAAUUGUAUUAGUUUUAUCGUCGAUACAUCAAACAGGUAAAAUAGAUGAACGAAGUGGAAAACCGGAAAUGAUUGAAUUCUACAACAAGACCAAAGGCGGCACCGAUUGUUAUGAUUUUAAAUGUCAUCAAUACACGACAGCUCGCAAGACAAGUAGAUGGCCUGUUAGAUCUUUUUAUGGAAUGCUCGAUCAGGCUGGCGUUAAUUCUUUUAUUUUAUACAAUCUUAAUCAAUUCAAUGCACCUCUGAAACGACUCGAUUAUCUUCGAGAGCUGGCGUUGCAAUUAGUUAAACCUACUUUGAUUAAAAGAUUGGCAACACCUACUCUGAGGAUAGGUCUGCGAAAUACGAUUGAAGAGUUUUUGGAUUCUCGUGAGUUGCCAGAAGAAAUGGACAUUCGCGAUGAGUUUGUCGACAAUAGACUUCCAAAGCAAAAGAGAUGCAACUUAUGUCCAAGUUCCCUUGACCGAAAAACGUAUUAUAAGUGUCUUAGAUGUCAUAAGGCGAUGUGUAAAGAGCACGUAGCGAAACUGUGCUGCGAGUGCGGCAAUACUAUGUAA